AUGGAUUCUACAUCUUUGUUACCAACAUUUUUACAUGUGGAUCUGACCAUAUCACGUGUAGAAUGUCUUCCCAAAGACAUUCUGGUGAAAUUUCAAGGCAGAAAUAAUAUUGAAUGUGAGUUUGACUACCACAUAUUGCAGAGGGAAAUACAGCAUAUUCCAAAAGUAAAAAAUAAUGUGGAUAUUGGUGACUUUUGUUUGGUAGAAGAAAGAGUAUCUGGAGAAUGGCAGAGAGGAAGAGUUGUGGAAAAGAAAAAUGAACUCUAUACUGUGCUCCUCAUAGAUUGUGGAGAAGAACUAAGGGUUGACAGCACGCAGGUUGCUUCAGCCUGUGGCAACUUAUUUGAGCUAUCACCACGGAUGAUAUUUGGCAUUUUUGCCAACCUACUACCAAUUGGGGAAAAAUGGUCUCCUAAGGCUUUGAAUUAUUUCAAGUCAUUAGUAGGGCUAAAAGUGAGAGGUUGUGUACAAGCUGUUUUGCCUCUUCAAAUGAUCCUUCUUGAAGUGCCAAAAAUUAUAUCCCAAGUUCUUGAGUUAAAAUUAGGGAGACUUACUGAUGGGGACUCAUUUCGUCUUAUUGUGGAAAUGUUAAAAGAAUUCCCCAAACAAAUGUCAGAUUCAUUGCAACAUAAAAAACCUGAAUUAUCAUUAAGUAGUGAUACUUUACUUGAUAUGCAACAUGUGCUGGAUAAUUUGCAACCAUUUUUGCCAAUAGGCAGUAUUGAAAGUGUAAAAGUAUCUUCUGCAUUGAGCCCAAGUAAAUUUUAUUGCCAAUUAAUUAAAUGGAUUCCAGAGUUAGAAAACUUGACAGUGUGUAUGACUUUGCAUUAUGAUACUAUCAGUCAAGAAAGUAGUUCCACAUGUGACAAUUUUGGACUACUUUGUGUUGCCAAAAGGAGAAAUGGACAGUGGCAUAGAGGAAUUCUUCAGCAGCUCUUGCCCAAUAAUCAAGUAAAAAUUUGGUUUAUGGAUUAUGGUAGCAGUGAGGCUGUACCCUCAAUUUAUGUGAAGAAACUUAAAGAGGAUUUUAUUUUAGUUCCAUUAUUUUCAUUUCCAUGUUCUCUGACUUACUUACACAGUCCAGACAGAGAUGCAAGAAAAUCUCAACUGAGUGUAUUUAAACAAGCCUUGUUAGGACAAAUAGUAUAUGCACAUCUUGAUUGGUUCAGUAAGGACGAGCAUUUAUAUUAUGUAACGUUACAAACUCAAGAGUCUACAGUUAAUUCUAAGUGUCUGCUGAAAACUCUGGGCACACAAGUACUUUGUUCAUUGUCUGAUUCAAAAAUCUCUAAUAUGUUGAGGGAGACUAGUGCUUCUGAUGUAAACAACUCUGCAGUUCAGAGUUUUAUCGGAAAUAUUGAACAGUCGAUAGACUCUUUAAAUAAAAAAGACACUUUGAAAGUAGGUUUUCCUAUUAAAACUGUAGAAAUGGAGAUAGAGGCUGUCUACAUAGUUUUUGUAGUGUAUGUAUUAAACCCGUCAAAUUUCUGGGUACGUACUAAUGAACAUCAGAAUGAAUUUCAAGAUAUAAUGAAAAAUAUAAACAAAUUUUAUGAUUUGUGUGAAAAUGAUGAACUGAUUCUAAGAAAUCCAGAACCUGGAUUAUUUUGUUGUGCUAGAUACAGCAAGGACAGGUGUUUUUAUAGAGCUGUCAUCACUGAUAUUAAUGGUUAUAACAUUAACGUUUAUUUUUUGGAUUAUGGAAAUACUGAUUCCAUACCAUUUUUUGAUGUAAAAAUUUUGCUUCCAGAGUUUUGUGAGUUGCCUGCCUUAGCCAUGUGCUGUUCACUUGCACAUAUAUUUCCUGUUGAAGAUUUAUGGGUAAAGGCAGCAAUUGAUUAUUUUAAAAAAAUUGUCUUGAAAAAAGCAAUUUUGCUUCAAGUUAUAGCAAAAAAAGAUGACAGGUAUACUGUAAAUAUUCAGAAUAUUGAAGCCUCAGAAAAUAUUGAUGUUGUCUCUCUUAUGUUACAAUCUGGAUAUGCAGAAUAUUGGGAAGUAGAGCCAGAAUGUUGUCCAAAAUCUGUAAGUGAAAAUGCAGUGUUAAAUUUAAAAUCUAAACACAAAGUUAAUUUUAAGAAAGUCAGAUCUGCCCUUCUUGGAAGGACUGAACCUAAAAAGUACCAUUUAAGUAAGUUAAAAGAAAAUAACUUGUCUUUGUUAAACUCCCCAGCUGUUAAUUUCUCAGAUUUAAAAAAUCCUUUCAGCUUGUCUGUGGGACCUGAGUCACCACAACUUUAUAAAGAAUAUAUGUUUAAACCAGGAACAGUCCUUGAAGUUAAGUGUUCCUAUUAUUAUGGCCCAGGUAACUUCUCAUGCCAGCUCCAAUGUAAGUUAGAAGACUUAAAAUUACUAAUGGAACAAAUUCAGAAUUAUUAUACUACUCAUUCUGAUCCUUAUCAGAUUGGGCAGGUUGCUUGUGUUGCUAAGUAUUCUAAAGAUGGAAAGUGGUAUAGAGCUGCUGUUUUGACUCAAGUGUCAAAAAAAGAAUUUGACGUAAUAUUUGUUGAUUAUGGUUACCAGGGAAGAGUUUUAAUUAAAGAUCUUUGUGCUAUUAACCCACAUUUUCUUUUUUUAGAACGCCAGGCCUUCAGAUGUAGUCUUAACCAUUUAGUUGAACCCAUUAGUUGUAAAUCCUUCAGUUGGACAAGAGAAGCAUGCAGAGACUUUGGGAAUUUUAUUUCUUCAUCUAGAGGGUUAUUGACUUGUGUCAUCUAUGCUUUAGUUCUUAUACAUCCAAACUAUUUGUGUAACUUAGUGGAUUUACAAUCUCGAUUUACUAGUGCAAAAGAAUUUCUUAUUAGUCAUGGCUCUGCACAGUAUAGUACAUUAUCAAGGCCAUUCCCAUCUUCAGUUAGUCUUUACAGUUACUGUUAUUCUUCCUUCAAUAUUGAAAUUGGAAGUGAGGAAGAAAUAUAUGUAUGUCACAUAUAUAGUCCCGAAAAUUUUUAUUGCCAACUUAGUAGAAAUAAUAAAAACCUAGAGAUGAUAGAAACAAAAAUCACAGAGAUUUGUAACCUCAAUGAUUUCCCCAAAUACGAUUUUACUAAAAUGAGAUUGUGCAUAUCUAAGUAUGUAGAGAAUGGUCUCUUCUAUAGAGCUUUAGCAAUGCCGACAGAUUCAUUAUCUGACUUUCUGGUGUAUUUUGUGGACUUUGGAAAUAAGCAAUUAGUAGAAGAAAGUUUGUUGAGGCCUAUUUCAGAUGGAUUUCCAGAGUUGCUGUUUACACCUAUGCAAGCUAUUAAAUGUUAUUUGUCAGGUCUUAGAGAUGUAGAUAUUCCAGCAGAAAUCAAUAGCUGGUUUGAAGCUAAUUUUUUGGGAAAACCAUUAAGGGCAAUAAUACUGUCGAGGGAGCCAGAUGGCCAGCUUGGUGUAGAGCUGUAUGAUGGGUAUCAACAUAUAAAUCAGCAAAUUAAAAUGUUGCUUCAUGCUUAUGGGAAAAAAAAUUGUGACCAAGCACACAGUGUGGAAAAGGGUCCUAAAAUAAAUGAGAAUAAGAGACUUGCUAUUUCCUUGAAAGGCAAAGUAGGAAACAACCAUCACCAUGCUUUGAUAAAUAAAACUAGUCUAGUAACAUACUCUGAAAACAAAAUAGAUCAAUUAAUGAACCCCAAAAGUAUAUACGCCAGACUUCUGAAGCCAUCAGUUUGUUAUAAAAUUGAACCUAUGUCAAAAAAGAUGGUGAAGAAGUCUUUGAAAGAUGGACUUAAAAAUAAAGGUGUAAAAAUUGUCCCUGGAUUUGAACAUAUUCUUGAUAAAAGUGAUGUGGGCCAGAAAUCAGUAAGGAUUGUAUUACAGCCUUUUACCAGAGAAUUAAAUCAAGCAGCCUCACAAAACUCAUAUAAUCUUUCUAGACCACAGAUCAAAGAUCUUCCUCAACUCCAAAUUUACUUGAAUACCAAAGUUAAAGGAUAUGUUUCUAAUAUCAGUAAUCCAGCAAGUUUCCAUAUUCAACUUGCCAAGAAUGAAAAUGUAAUCAUCAGACUUGGCAGUGCUCUAAAUGAGAGAAGCACUAAUAUGGUGAAAGAGAGAAACUCAGUUAAACUGAUGGUGGAGGAUCUGGUAGUUGCAGAAUACUCUGGUGACAAUGCCAUUUACAGAGCAGUUAUUAAGAAAAUUUUGCCAGGGAAUUCUUUUGAAGUGGAAUUUAUUGACUAUGGUAACAUUGCAGUAGUAAACUCAUCUAAAAUUUAUGAAAUUAAGAAGGAAUUCUUAACUAUUCCUCAGCUAGGAGUCCAUUGUUUCCUCAGUGGAGUAAAGUGGAAUGAGCCUGAUGAAAUAUGGGACAGCAAAACUGUGGAUUAUUUUACUUCAACACUAAGUAACAAAACGGUUUCUUGUGAGUUUUUGAAAAAGCAUGAGCAGAAAUGGGAAGUAAAUAUAAUUUGUGAUGAAAAAUGUGUCCUUAAUGAACUACUGAAAUGGACAGCAUGUUCAAAUCUGCAGAAAACAGUAUUGCAAAUGCCUCAGGUUGUCUCUCAAAAGGUGAGCCCUGUUGAUAAUGAAAUGAAGAAAGGACGAUCAAAUGAAUAUGAAGGUUCUGUGAUCCUUCAGCCAUCCUACCAACAGUUGGUUAAUAUUCCUUUUGAAGAGUUAAAACCUGGACAACUUGAAAGGGCUGAAAUACUGUAUGUUUCAAAAAGUGGGACAUUUUAUGUGACAUUAUCUAAAAAUAAAAAGAUUUUGUUAGAUUUAACAGGAUUAAUUACUGAAGAAGUAAAAAAGCCCUCUUUUUUAUCAAUGGAAAAUAUUGAAAAAGGCUUAGAAUGCUUGGCAAAAUCUAAAAAAACUUCGAAGUGGUAUCGAUCAAAAGUAGAAAAAAAGUGUGUUGAUGAGAAAGUGCUUGUUUUUUUAGUAGACUGUGGUAGGUAUGAAAUAGUGCCUUUAUGUAAUACCAAGGUGCUUAGUAAGGAAAUAAGAAAUAUUCCGAGACAAGCUGUGCCUUGUAAAUGGAUUUGGUUUGAAAAUUUUAGGAACAUGACAUUUGAGUCCAUUGUGUGUUUAUUUGUUCAUUUGGAAAUAGACAUUCUUUUUCUGAAACAUUUAGACUUUGCCUGGGAAGUGGAAAUUUUGAUAGAUGGCCUAUUACUUUUGGAACAUUUAAAUUUAAAUACAGUUCAUUUAGAAGAGAACAAACUUAGAUCUUCAGAAAUUAUUUUCAGCGUUGAAUCUAUGACUCCUGUGUCAUCAUGUACAAUAAGAUCAUUUACUUGGGCACAACUGCAAAAUGGUAGGCAAUAUUCUGGUAUUGCCACUGCUAUUUCUGAUCCAUCAGACUUCUGUGUUCAGUUAGAAGAUUUCUUUGACGCAAUGAAAUCUGUCUAUAUGUUGCUCUCUGAUCUACCAGAAAACUUACAAACAGUGCCUCAGGAGCACAUAAUUCCUGGUUCUAGUUGUUUGUUCAAAUAUGAAUUGGAAGAUCAGUGGAAUAGAGUAGAAAUUUCUGAAGUCUCUGAUCAGUCUUUACUUCUUGUAUUGAUUGACUAUGGAUUUUCUGUUUAUAUAUCUUAUUCAGAUAUAAAAUAUCUUAAAGUUGUUCCUGAGGAACUUUUGAAUUUGCCAAGGCUAAGUUACCCUUGUAUCUUACAUGGUAUCUUACCUGCGAAAGGGAAACAUUGGAACGAAGAAGCCAGAAUUUUUUUUCAAGAUCUCCUGAGUAAACCAGGCUUAGUUUUUCAGUUUAGGGAAUGCAAUUUUGAAGCAAAACUGAAGGUAGAUGUCAUUCAUGAGAAAAACAAUUUGGCAGAUAUGUUAGUUGCAUAUGGUCUUGCAAUAUAUUCUAAAGAUUCAGAUGAUCUUGAUGCAGUUACUGCUACUGGAUCUACUAAAAUCCAAUAUAAAUUAAAGAGUAAACCUAUUUGCCCAUUGUUACAUCAAAAUUAUUACAAAAGAGAAACUAUAAAUUGUGUAUGCACUGAGAAGCAAAAACUAAAAAAUCAGAAAACUAUGAAGAGGAAAGAUGUCUAUAAGAACCUCUUAAGGAAAAGCCAUAUUAGUAAAAGAUUACAUUCUAGAAAUUUAACACUGAGGAAGAAGAUUGAAGGUGGAAAACAUAAUUCUCAAAGUACCAUUACAUCUGAUACAUGUGCAGAAGCUUCAUUUUUGGAAGUACUUAAUUGUUUGAAGAAUAACUUCAAUUGCAUUGAAAACAUUUUUGGAAAACUACUAACUGAAGGAAUACAGGAAAAUAACACAGUGGACUCGAGUACAGCAGAAAAAGCAUCGCAUGCUAAUGAAAAAAUUAUAUUAGAAGACAUAAAAGGUAAGUAG